GCCGCAUCAAAUGCUGUCUGCACUCUGCACGCCUUCAUCAGCUGUUCCACGUAACUUCAUUAAUUGUCAAUUCAUUUAUAAACAAAUAAGAAAAUAUAAAGAAUUUGAAAAAUUUUAUAUAGAUUACAAGAAUACCGAACUAUGGCCGGGAUGGCAGGCAAAGGUUGGAGCUAUGUUCCAGGUGUUCCAGAGACCGAGGAUCAGCAAAAGAUCCGAUUUCAAGUAGAAUUAGAAUUUGUGCAAUGCCUGGGCAAUCCAAAUUACUUAAACUUUUUAGCUCAGCGAGGUUUCAUGAAAGAAUCCACCUUCAUUAAUUAUUUAAAAUACUUACUGUACUGGAAAGAACCGGAAUAUGCCAAGUACUUAAAGUACCCCAUGUGUCUCUACUUUUUGGAUCUGCUUCAGUACGAACAUUUCCGUAGAGAACUAGUUAAUGCCCAAUGUACAAAAUUCAUUGAUGACCAGCAGAUUUUGUUGUGGCAGCACUAUACCAGGCGUAGAAGCAGACUUAUGGCCACUGCUGCUCCUAAUGGGGCCAAUCAGGAGCAAAACACUUCUUUACCUCCGAGUAAUGCACAGCAAAAUGGACAUAUAAAUAUGAAUACUAAGAUGUCCUAGGAGAUCCUUCUGUGGUUAGUGGUACGCAUAAAUAAAUGUUUUGUAAAUAUUAUAUAUUUAGCAAUAGAUUUAACUUGUGGAUAUUGACGGUUGGUUGUAUGCCUGUUUUUGCUAGGCUGCACCAAUUUCUAUAAGAUAAAUGA